AUGAAUUGGAUCCAGCGGAGCACACAAAAGAACGCUGGUGGCGGGGAAAGAAGAGCUGAACUUCGAAGAUCUGCAAGAAGGCAACAAUUUAUUAUUAAAGUAAGUUCCUGGCGGUUUUAUAACCGGCAAGAAGAAGUCCUCAACCAAAAAUCGCCAAAAGUUAUAGAUCGCUUCGUCUUCAUUUAUCUUGCCGUUGAUAACGCGGGUCAAACGGCAGAUAACAAGCUAGCCUGUGAACNGAAAGAAGAGCUGAACUUCGAAGAUCUGCAAGAAGGCAACAAUUUAUUAUUAAAGUAAGUUCCUGGCGGUUUUAUAACCGGCAAGAAGAAGUCCUCAACCAAAAAUCGCCAAAAGUUAUAGAUCGCUUCGUCUUCAUUUAUCUUGCCGUUGAUAACGCGGGUCAAACGGCAGAUAACAAGCUAGCCUGUGAACAGGCUCUCUGUUUGGGGAAAAAAAGCGAGGAAAGGGAAGGCAAAGGGCUUUUCCAACUCCCUAGUUCCCCGCUCGACCAAAGGCCUGUUUACAGGCUAAUAACAAGCACACAGGCAGCUUGAUUUUUCCUCUGGCAAGUAAAACCGACAAGCCAUUAGGAGAUGAUACUUUUCAGAACCAGUCAGUAAAACUCAUCUGCUGA